AUGGUCUGCGAGAAAUGUCAGAAGAAGUUAUCAAAGGUGAUAGUACCAGACAAAUGGAAGGAAGGAGCCAGUAAUACUACUGAGAACGGUGGCCGCAAGAUCAACGAGAACAAACUCCUCUCCAAGAAGAACAGAUGGACCCCUUAUGGAACUACCAAGUGCAUCAUUUGCAAGCAGCAAAUGCACCAGGAUGGCAAGUACUGUCACACCUGCGCCUACUCAAAAGGAGUUUGUGCGAUGUGUGGCAAACAAGUUCUCGACACCAAGUUUUAUAAGCAAAGCAAUGUGUAG